CCAUAGUGAUAGUGUUAUCAGUAGCGAAGCAACCAUGAAGAUACGAAUGGACGAGGCUUGAAGCAGUGUGUUCCUGACAGUACCUAAGCACAGUACCUACUUCCUCUCUUAAUAAGAACCUGUUUACUAUCUGUUGUCUACUGUAUUUCAGGAGUUUGUGCAGCCGGAGGAGGUUUCAAAAGGGAGUUGGUGGAGGGAGUGUAAGCGCCUGCGCCAGUGUUCACCAACCAUGGAGGAGCAGGUUUCCAAGCAACCAGAGACGCUAGUGCCUACCAACCUGUCAGCCAAGGAUGGUGCCACACCUCCACGCCCUACUCUGACCACACACGCUGCCCAUACCCACGCCACCACGCCUCUGCACCACGCCCACACAACGGAGGGACAACCUUCAACUCGAGUCACUGAUCAGGGAGAAGAUCAUUUCUGGCUGACUAUGGAUGCUUGCUUCAAGGCCUUCGAUAAGGACGAGGACGGGUUCCUGAGCCAGAAUGAGUUCGCAGCGCUGUGUCGAGCACUCUUCAGGAACGAGCGAGGUAAACCUUACCCAGUCGACACCGCCAUGCUGGACACUAUCUUCACUAUCUUUGACACUAACAAGGACCACGUAAUAGACAAGGAAGAGUUCCGCUACUGCUGGCAGAAAUGGAUCAAGCAGGUGGUACGACCAGUAACAGCGCUGGUGGUCGUGGACGUACAGAACGACUUCAUCUCCGGCUCCCUGGCUAUCAGCAACUGUCCAGCGGGACAACAAGGAGAGGAGAUACCCGAGGGCCAGACAGGAGCCCAGGAUGCAGCAGGUAUUUCCCCUGUGGAUGACCACACGGUGGAGCAAGACGGUGACCACCCGCAACUCUCCAGUAAGUCUGGUGGUUGUGGAGCUCACGCCUUUGAGGACACAUCUGGCUCCUUUUUCCAAGGUCCAGACAUUUUUGAUAAGUUUACAUCCAAAGAGGUGAUCCCACCCAUUAAUCGAGUACUAGAAGAAAACCGGUUCGACAUGGUAGUGUACUCCCUUGACUGGCACCCUGAGAACCACGUGUCCUUCAUUGACAACGUGCACCAGCGCCUCCUACACGAGUCCUGCAAGAUCACCAGCGACGAGGCUAAGGUGUACGACACAGUCAUCUUUGACAUCCGAGGUGAUGGCAAGCAGAUGGAACAGAAGCUGUGGCCGCGACACUGUGUUCAGAAUACCUGGGGUGCUGAGCUCCACAAGGACCUCAAGAUUGUUGAGGACGCAGUGUUCGUGUACAAGGGCACAGACCCAGACACCGACUCCUACAGUGCUUUCUGGGACAACAAUAAGAUAUCACACACGUCCUUGAAUGAAGAACUACAAAAGAGGAAUGUCACAGACGUCUUCAUUUGUGGUAUUGCUUACGACAUCUGCGUUGCGGCUACAACGAGGCAUGCCAUCGAGGAAGGCUACAGAACUAUGCUUAUAGACGAUGCAGCCAGAGGUGUGUGUGACAAGGACAUUCAGGCCACCAAGAACCACACCAUAGCUAACAAUGGCCUCAUUGUCACUUCCUCUCAGAUCAAGAGUCUGGCCACUGGACGCGACAGACCUCCGGUGCUGGCUUACAGACUCGCACUUGAACUAGCGAAGAAGAUGAAGAAAAAAUAGAAGACAAGAACCUGAGAAGAAAAAUAGAAAGAAAUAACAAUUGCAGUGAUAUGAAAUGAAAAUGAAGGUAUAUUAGCCUAGAGCAAGGAAAGAAAAGAAGAGCUUAGAGGCGGUGAGAUGGAAAAAUGAGAUGCAUACAUACUUACACCCCCCCCCCCCCCCC